AAACGACGCACAUGCAGCGACCAGCCACAGUGUACUCAAUGUAAACAUCACUUGUUAUGGUUAGUAAUAGUUUUAUAACGACACAACUCGCUAAUAUCAACACAUGUCGUGCUAAUUUACUACUAGAAAAAUUUUCGUAUUUUUUUACGUAGGUACUUUUAAAGUGAUUUUUCGAGAUUAAAUUUCGGUGUAAAAUUUUUCAUUAAAAAAUUACCUAUCGUUUUUUUUCUUCGGUGAUUCGCGAUGAAAUUUCGUCGAGUUAAAAUUCGAUUACGAUUCACGUGAUGAUGUUUUUCAAAUUUAUUCGUAUGUGUUUCGCGUAUUAAAAUGACAAUUUUUUCGUCUGUGUAUCUGCGAAUUUAAAUCAUGGAGGCGAAAAAUUCUGCGGCACGUGUGCAGCGUUACAUUCGAAUAUGGCAAAAUAGUGAAAGUAAAUGAAAAUCUACGUGAGAAAAUUAAUACACUGGCGCUGCUGCUGUACUCGUAUAUAUCGAACAACACAGGCAAAAAAAUCUCGUAGUUUGUAUAGGUAAACAAAACGUUGUUGUUGUUGCGGAAAUACAGAAUGAGAAAAAAAAAGAUUCAUUAUACCUACCUAAACGCAAUUUGACAACAACACUAGAACACUCUACGAGAGAAUACGAGUAAAAAUAUAGGUACUAUGGUCGAUCCGAAGAAAGAAUUAAAUUACGUCAUCGUAUUUAUAAAAAUGAAAAAUUCCAAUCGCCUGUGUUAAUUGUUUUGGAGCUACCCGCAGAGCCAAAGCAGAGUCUCAGAAGAGGAGAAAAAAAAUACAAAGACGAUUUCGAGGAGGAAAAAAAAUACACAUAUAACCGUAUCAUGCGUAUUAAUUAUGAGAUUGAGCGGGCAAAUAACGACCAAAGGUCAACAUUUCAAAUAGACGGAUAUGCGAGCACUUAUCUCAAUAGACUUAAUACCGAUAUGAAAGAUAACACUUGAAACAUUUAACCGAUUAACCAUCAUCGUGUUUUUAGUCGCAGUGAUUUACGUGAACGUUCACGAAUUAACGUUUGAAGUUUUAUCGUUUCGUGUGUAUCGUACUUACGUACUAAAACGUAACGUGUGUAUGCUUAUGUGUGUGAUUUUUUUUCUACAUUAAAAACAAGCUGUACUCGUAGAUCUAUAAAUUUUUGAUUUCGAAUUAAACGGGGUGACGAAUGACGCGUCGUCAGGCAGUCUUCUCGUCGUAUAAACCUUGGCUUCGUUGUGUUGGUUUGUGUGAAUUGUGAAGUGUGAUCGCGAUUCGCGACGUGUGAUCGUCUCUUUGGUGUCUUUAUUUUUUUAGUGGUAUCUUGCAAAAGUCCAUCAGCAGCCCAGUACCGGGGUAGAUCAGUUCCUUACGUAUUUGGCAGCACAUCUUUAGUACAACGAAAACGAUCCGCAGCAGGAGCAGGAGGAGGAGGAUCAUCGUCGUCGUCAUCGUCGUUUCAGCCACGCCAGCCGUCAUCAUUAAAUCCGUCUAGCGAACCAUUUGUGUCAACAAGCACUCGUACCUGGUCUCGUUACGGCGGCGGGACUGCUGCAGCCGAUUACGCUAGAACCGAUAAACAUGCAGGCAACAUUUUCAGAAAUUUUUACGCAGUGGGCUACCAAAGACAUAGACGACUGAUCAGCAGCACCAACCACAACAGCAACAGCCAUCAUCAUCGCGGUGGUAAACCCUCUUCAUCGUCUUCGAUCGCCAAUCAUCGUGGCAGAAAGAAUUCGGCGGUUUCGGCGUCUUCAUCAUCGUCUGGUUCUGGUUCCGGGUCCGGUAAACCCUGCAGCAGCAGUGUUGUGAUAGCGGUAUUUCAUUUAAUUAUGAAAUUACGCGAACGCGUCGUAAUCUGUUUCGGUAUAACGUUCGUUUUGUUCACGUUGAUACUUGUAAUCGAUUUCCAAUACGAGAUCGGAUACGGUGGUCAUAGGUUUUUCAUGCCUAUGCGACAUGGCCGAGUACAAAUGGUCGAAGAUACCGGGCUGGGUGCGGGCGCGGGUGCGGGUGGAGCCGGCGCCGGCCUCCCCGAACGUUCGGUUUAUAAAAGUUUCCAAAAUAAAUUCGCUCCCGGGGCAGCUCCUGGGGCCGGAUCCGAGGUAUAUGAAGAGUCGUUGGCGGCGGCGGCGGAUAGCGCAGCUUUGAGUGGGAAUCUGUCCGAUGCUCAUGAUAGUUUCAAGGAUCUGCAGCCGUAUACGGGGUCGUACGAUGAUCUGGAUACAGAUGAUGCUGGACGUAAGGUGGUCAUCGUCGUAUUCGAGUACAGAGAAGAGCAGCCGUCGUUGAGCGAAUAUAUCAACUUCGAUGCUGGGGCUAACGAAACGUUACAAAUAACCUUUCAUAAGAGAAUAUCGAAGAGAGAAAUGUACAAAGAGAACGACGCUUUGGUUGAGGCCAUUUUAAAACAGUUACAAACCAGGAAGAUCGUUCACGUGAGAGAGAAAGAAGGAGGAACUCAAUUAAAACUUAUUAUCCACUACGAUAACGGUGAAUUCGCCUUGUUCAAACCGAUGAGGUUUCCGAGAGAGCAACAAACGUUACCAAAUCAUUUUUAUUUCACCGAUUACGAAAGGCAUAACGCCGAAAUUGCUGCUUUUCAUUUAGAUAGACUAUUAGGUUUCCGAAGAUCGAUGCCAGUGACCGGCAGGCAGUUAAAUUUGACAUCGGAAUUCUACAAAAUCGCCGACGCCGAAUUACUGAAAACUUUUUUCGUAUCUCCGGCGAAUAAUUUAUGCUUUCACGGUCACUGCAGUUACUACUGUGAUACUAGUCAUGCCAUUUGCGGUAAUCCGGACAAAGUGGAGGGAUCGUUCGCAGCAUUCCUUCCGGAAAAGCAAGUCGCCGAUAGGACGUUACGUAAGCACCCCUGGAGGAGAUCUUAUCACAAAAGAAGAAAAGCUUUAUGGGAAACUGAGCCCAAUUACUGUGAUGCUGUGAAACGUACCCCGCCUUAUAAUCGUGGUAUAUUAUUACUAGAUCUCGUAGAUACGAGUAUUUUUGAUUUCUUAAUGGGUAACAUGGACAGGCACCAUUUUGAAACGUUUACCGCCUUUGGUAACGAUACGUUUCCUUUACAUCUGGAUCAUGGCAGAGGUUUCGGUAAAGCUUUUCACGAUGAAUUAUCCAUCCUGGCGCCUUUAACUCAAUGCUGUAUCGUUAAGCAGAGCACAUUGAAAAUGCUAUUGGGUUUCCACAACGGCGCGAAAAAACUCAGCCAUCACAUGCGCGAAUCGUUGGAAUACGAUCCUCUGAAUCCGAUCCUUUGGGAACCUCACUUCGCAGCAUUAGAUCGUAGAGUGAAAAUCGUCCUAGAAGCGCUUCGAGAAUGCAUCAGACAAGCCCGAGAAUCAGGAUCGGAUGCGCUGAGUGCCUCGAUAGAUGCAACUCCAUCUCAAUGAUAACUUCACUUUUCACUAGAUCACCUAUAUAAUACAAGACUCUAUACCUCGUGAACUCUUCUAUACCUAUUUAAGAAACCGUUUAAUUUACCUAUAUUUUAAUUAUACCUACCUAUGUUUUUGUUAUUUAUUUUUUAUAAUCGUCUUCGGUACUCGAUUUGAUAAACAGUAAGUGAGCAUUGCACCGAGGGAAUCCAAAAAUUUUAUAACACACAGAGGAUACUACAUAAGUAUACGUAUUUUUAUAUAGCGUUAAAUAAUAUUAUCGAGAUAGAGUAUAGGUACUUUUAACGCUAAUAAUAAAUCGCAAUCACCGGAUAGAAUCAACUCGUUUUAUGUAUCUAUAGACUGAUUUUUAUUGUGAGUUUCUUUUUUUUUUUGUUCGUUUCAUUCAUCCGCGGCAAUCAUUUUGUUUGUAUGUACAGUUUUCAAAGCAAUGUUUUCUAGUCUUAAUUAUACGAAUAUUUUAUGAUAAUUUGUUGUGUUAUAAACUUCCACUAAUUUUAAGACGUCGAUCGUGUGUCUCUAUACUGUAUAAAUAAAUUUCCCUCGUAUAUUUUUUUGAAGAAAAAAAAAAGUGAUGUACUGUACUCUCGUAUUCCGAUUAUAAGGUAUUAGCAAACAUUUUGUUUUGGAGGAAAUUUAAUUUGAAAAUUGAAAAGAUCUCAGAACUUUUUUGUCGUAUAUUGCGGAGUUAUCAAUAUUGUGUGAAAAUUUUAUUCGAAUGUGUCUGACUGGCUGGCGUAUCUAAGAAAAGUCAUGUUUUGGCUACAACGACGUGUAAAAUUUCUGGCCUUAACGUAUUUAGGUACUACAUAUGUUAGUAAAUGUGUCCUUUUUUCUUGUUUUCUAUUUUCGUACACGCAUUUGUAUUACGUUGAAUCGUUUUAUAAAUUUAAGAUGUGAUUAUGUUUUUAAAAGUGAAAUAAAAGAAUUACCAUUGUGUUGA